UAGAAAGGCUUUUACAAAAAAUUUGACGCACGGCGAGCCGAAAAUUAAACGACACGACGACGACGAGGUUCAUUUUUGGGAGCUGAAAAAAUUUUUUUAAACGUAAAAAUUACCGAUCCGUUUUCGCAUGCAACAGCCGGAAAUGGUUGCCCCGCGGACAGUGAAAACUAGUGAACACUCUGACAAAGAAAUGGAGCAGGAACAUGGCAAACAAGCGCUAAAACCGACACUGGGAACAGCCGGCGGCGGCCCCAGCGCCAGCAUUGCAAAUAAGGACGCGUCGCUGUUGAAUGAGACAUUAAAAGCAGAAGACGGAGAAGACAAGCUGAUGAUAGGAUCCGAGUACAUGGUCCAACGUCAGGACGGCUCUUGGCAUCCAGCACAGCUCAUCCAGAGUCGGCAAAACCCGUGUGAUCCAAAACAGCUCGAAUACUACAUCCAUUAUGAAGGAUUGAAUCGUCGAUUGGAUCAAUGGGUAUCUCGGGAUCGUAUAUCUAGUGCUGUAACUACUACUGAUAAGAAAACUACCGGAAUCGGAACUCCAAUCAACCAAGAUCAUAACGGUAAAAGUCCACUAGUAACUACGUUUGCCAACCCAAAAGACUCGCCUAAAAUUGGCAAACCCAGCACUGACAUCGACAUGGUAGAUGGUGAUCCGGAUCGGAAGAUUACACGGAAUCAAAAACGACGACACGAUGAAAUAAAUCAUGUGCAGAAAACCUACGCUGAGAUGGACCCAACAACGGCUGCCCUUGAAAAGGAGCAUGAGGCCAUCACUAAAGUCAAGUACAUCGAUAAGUUACGUUUCGGAAGAUACGAAAUAGAUACGUGGUACUUCUCCCCGUACCCAGAAGAAUACGGAAAAGUCGGAACACUGUACGUAUGCGAAUACUGUCUUCGAUACAUGCGCCUUCCAAAAACACUGCAGCAACACAAGUUGACCUGUGGUCGGCGGCAGCCCCCUGGAAAUGAAAUUUACCGCAAGGGGACUGUUUCAAUUUUCGAAAUAGAUGGCAAAGACCAUCGAUUCUACUGCCAGACUCUCUGUUUAAUGGCAAAACUGUUCCUGGAUCACAAAACCUUGUAUUACGAUGUAGAUCCGUUCUAUUUCUACGUUUUGUGUGAAAUUGACAAGGAAGGACAACACAUAGUCGGUUAUUUUUCUAAGGAAAAAGAAUCGCCAGAGGGAAACAAUGUUGCCUGUAUUCUAAUACUUCCUCCAUAUCAGCGUAAAGGUUACGGCAAGUUGCUGAUCGCAUUUAGCUACGAAUUGUCUCGUCGUGAGGGUAUUGUUGGCAGUCCGGAAAAACCUUUGUCAGAUCUUGGAAGGUUGAGUUACCGCAGCUAUUGGGCAUACACUUUGCUUGAGCUGAUGAAGGAGUACAAAACAACCACUAUCAAGGAGCUCAGUGAAUUAUCAGGCAUUAUUCAAGACGACAUAAUCUACACCCUGCAGUCGAUGAAAAUGGUGAAAUACUGGAAAGGGCAACACGUCAUUUGUGUAACAGGUAAAGCCGUACAGGAACAUCUCCAGUUGCCACAAUUCAAGAAGCCCAAACUGAUGGUCGACCCAGCAUUCCUCCGAUGGACACCGCAGAAGCGAGCCAUUCCUGUCAAGCAAGUUAAGAAAACCUAAACAACUGCAGAUGUGGUCGAUACCCCUUAUUCAUGUAUGUAUUUUUUAAUGGUUUAUUUGUUCAAUAUACCUUUCUGUUUCUUGCCGAGUGUUGGUAUCAAAGCAAGAAAUAAUUUUAUUUUAACUCCAGCGAGACACUGAA